AGCAUAUCAGCGGAACUUUAUCUCGCUCCGAGCGCCCGUUCAAAGGUUUGUUUGAUAUGUCAGAGCCAACAUGGCGUCGCCGUGUGUCCAGUUUCACAGAGUCCGCUACGGAACUCGCUGCAGAUCAGACCACUGCUGACUGACAGCGCGCACUAUCAUGGCGGAGGCAGGACAGGCGGAAUCAGAGCAGGACAUCGAGAUCAAGAUCCAAGAAACACGGCAGAGGUUUAAAAGCGAGUAUGUUGAAGCACAAGAGAGUCAGGAGAAGUACGACAGCAGAGACGUGGAGAAGCUGUUUCGUGACGACGCUCUGGUGGAGGGAUACCUGACCUGGAGACACUUCAUAGUGGAGGACACCUUAAAGAUGAUCGACGAGAGCCUGCAGUGGAGGAGAGAGUUCAGCGUCAACGAUCUGACGGAGAGCAGCAUUCCCCGCUGGAUGUUUGAGAUCGGUGCCGUUUACCUGCACGGAUACGACAAAGAAGGAAACAAACUCUUUUGGUUCAAAGUGAAGCUCCACAUUAAGGACCCAAAGACGGUGUUGGAUAAGAAGCGUUAUGUGGCCUUCUGGCUGGAACGUUAUGCCAAACGCGAGCCAGGGAUGCCGCUGACCGUCGUGUUCGACAUGUCAGAGUCUGGACUCAGUAACAUAGACAUGGACUUUGUGAAGUACAUCAUAAGCUGCUUCAAAGUGUACUACCCAAAGUUUCUUUCCAAAAUGAUCAUGUACGAGAUGCCUUGGAUCAUGAAUGCUGCCUGGAAGAUCGUGAAGACGUGGCUCGGCCCUGAUGCCAUCAGUAAACUCAAGUUUGUCUCCAAGAGUGACAUCCAGACGUUUGUGGGCCCCGAACACCUUCCACCAUACAUGGGAGGAACGGACCAGUUCAAGUACAGUUAUCCGCCUCUGCCGGACGAUGACUUCCAGUCUCCGAUCUGUGAAAACGGUCCAAUCAUCAGCGAGGAUGAAAGUGACCUUAAAGAUGCCGAAUCGGAGUCCAAAGAGACUCUAGAGUCCAGUUUCAACACCGACCAAUCCAUCAAACCAAAGAAGGUGAAUUUUAUGACCGAAGACGGUCAGAGGUCGGAAGAGCUUGACAGAGAAUCUGUACGGUUAAAGGGAGCCAGAAAACCUACCACCACUUUCAAGGCCACAUUAAUGCACAUCAGUCCGGCUGAAGAGCUCAGUUUCGGUGCAUCAGAAUCAGAGAAGAAGUGUUUAAUCGUCCUCAACAACGUCACUAAAAACCACGUGGCCUUUAAGGUCCGAACGACGGCUCCAGAAAAGUACCGUGUGAAGCCCAGUAACAGCAGCUGUGAGCCUGGAGCCAGUGUGGACAUCGUUGUUUCACUUCACGGAGGCUUCCAGGCGUCUCCGCAGGACCGCUUUCUGGUGAUGGCGGCAGAGAUGGAGAGUAGCAGUGGAGCUGCCGCCACUGAUCUGGCUCAGUUCUGGAAGGAGGUUUCAAAACCCAAAAUCAUGGAGCACAGGCUCCGCUGUCACGUUUUGGAGAGUCCAAAGUCUAUUCUGAGCAAUUCAUUUGAGUUUCCAUCUAGUCCUACAACAAACGUCAAUGAGCAUCAGGAUCUGCAGAGCACGUUGAUGAGACUUCUGGCCACUAACGCUGCACUGGAGCAGAAGCUGGACUGGUGUUUGUGGACGCAGAAAGUCCUGCUGCUUCUGCUGUCGUUUCUGCUGGCGCUCAGCUUCACCACCGCAUACAAACUAUGGACAUCAUGAAGACUAUACUGUCCGCUUUUACACACACUCAGAUGAUGGAAACACAGGGAUGUUAUCAGUCCAUCAGACCAAACCCAUGAAGACACACUGCAAAUAAUGCAUCUCUUACUGAGAGUUUUGUCUUGUUUUUGACCAGAAAUAAUAGAAAACUUUACGUAAGAGCAGUAUUUAUUGCAGUGUAAACGGUGUAUUUUAUCACUCGCUGUCAGAAUAAAGCACGGUUUAAUUUAUAAUAUUCACACAUGUUGUGUAGAGUUCUUAACUCAAUCAUGCCACUGUAAUUAAUUCUGCUUUGAUUUUAAUAUAUAUAGUAUUUUAUAAAAGUAUGAAUGUAUGAACAAUUAAAAGACAGUUUUGUUAUACA